AGGGGGUCGGUUCCGCCGUCGCCAUUAUUGGAGGGCACCGACGCCAACGCCGCGGAAAACCAUGUCAACCGUGUUGUGAUCGUGGAUCGUGUUCAUCGCGUGUUCCUGCUCUGUGCCGACGCUGUGCGGCCGGAUUGUUGUGUUUCUGCCGUCCAGCAUCACUGUCUACGGCAGCCCAGCGAAGUGGCAGCAGAGUGACAGCUUUCCUGCGUUCGAUGAACGCCGUGUAGCGAUGCCAAACACUUGCUCUGCAGUCGGCUGCUCAAACCGACGAGAAAAAGAGAAUGGCACGCGGUUUUUUCGCUUCCCAUCGCCCAAGUUUCACAUCCGUCAACGAAAGAUGUGGAUCGCGGCUGUUCGUCGCGUGAACCCCGGCGGCUCGGCCUGGCAGCCGACGAGUAAUGCUCGGAUAUGCAGCAAGCACUUCCACACAGGCAAACCAGCAAAGCUGUCCACGCACCCCGAUCAUGUGCCAUCAAUCUUUUGCGAACGUCCAGCUCGAGAUGGCGUAAUGCAGAGGCACGAGCGGUCUCUCCUCAGAGGAAAGCAGUUUGAGUGCUACAUUGUGGAUAUUCGUUAUUUACAUCAGAAGUCAGAUUAAAGAUGAAUAUGCUUGUUAGAUCAUCAACCAGCUAACUUAGAAACCGCUAUACUUCGUUUCACCCUCCGUCCGACUGCAGCAACGCUACGAGCCAUCCCAGUCAAACCAGGUUUGGGAGGGUAUCAUGUAACUUUUUGGUUGGGAGGAGCUCAAGAUUAUGUGACGCUUUCUCAAUGCUAGAUUGGCUGGGACGGCUCAUAGCAUCUGCUGCACUCGGAUGCAAGGCAAAAUGAAGCAUAUCCCACCUUUGUUUUAGUUAUCAAGUUAAUAAUGUCUUCUACUUUCACUUCGUUCCUGUUCCAAUUUCCUCAUAUCUUUCCUCUGCUAAGAGUAACCAGCCGAGGCAGGCUGCAUCGAUUAACCUUUGUUUUCUCCUCCUGUUCCUAUUUUGUCAUCUCAAUAUUUUGAUUGACUAAUUUUUGUUACUAUAUGCUUUUAUACUUUGCAGAUCUAAAUGCAGCUCCCGUUCAACAACCAGGAGUUGAUGUCAGUCUACCGAAUGAUGAAGCUUGCAGCAGCGAAGACUCGUCGGAGAACGAAGGAGAAUUUGACAUGACAAGUGGCAGCCACGGAACUGUGUCAGCUGAUGACAGCUUAGAUACUGAUCAGCAAGACCUUGUAGAGCAAGGCCCUGCGCAGCAAGAGCCUGCACAGCGAGAGUCUUCACAACAAGAGCCUGUACAGCCAGCAACAAACUGUGGACAUGCUGACAUUCCAGCUCAACUGCAGUCUGGGAGUCAAGAAAACAGUUCGCUCCAGGCCCAGCUCCAGGCAGCUGAACUUGCCCUCUCAAAAGCCAAACAAGAGGCAGACUUUUGGAAGGCCAAGUACGAAAGGAAGAAGGCAGAUGGCCUCAAUGUUGCUAUAAUCGAAGACUCCAACAGCUGCCUGUACUACACCGGCUUGCCAUCACGUGGCGUGUUUUAUGGGCUAUUUAGGUAUUUGGAGAAGGUGAUGGUGAAAACAAAAAAAGGACCUGAACCCGCCCAGACACUCAUUGAAGAGUUUUUCAUGGUACUUGUCCGCCUGAGAACGGGGAUGCCGGUGAGAGAGGUUGCCCGCAACUUUAGUCUGUCAAUCUCACAGUUUAGUAAAAUUUUUUCAAAAUGGAUAUUGUUUCUCCAAAAAGCACUGGCCGAAAUUACCAGGUUUCCCACACUUGCAGAGGUUGCCGAGCACCAACCAAGGUGCUUCAGGGACUUCCCUGACACAAGACUUGUUAUUGACGGCACAGAAAUAAGAAUUCAGACUCCAUCUUCGAUGGAUGCCCAGCGACAGACAUUUUCACCAUAUAAACAUGGGAACACCAUGAAGGUCUUGGUUGGUGCUACGCCUAACGGCUACGUAAGCUUCGUCUCCAAAGCAUGGGGAGGCUCAGUCAGCGACAGGGACAUGGUCCUCGAGUGCGGCCUGUUUGCCUUGCUGGAACCGGGGGACGCAGUAAUGAUGGACAAGGGGUUCAAAGUUUUCGACCUGCUUCCAGCUGGUGUUAAGGCUUACAUGCCUUCCUUCAAUAAGCCUAGUGAGGGGCAGAUGAGCAAAAUGAAUGUCACUAAGACCCGCAAAAUUGCUAGUGCAAGAGUGCACAUAGAACGCGUGAUCCGAAGGAUCAAGGAGUAUCAUAUCCUAGACGAUGGUUAUCCUGUAAACAUGGCAGACAUCGGGGACGCAGUUUUUCAGUCAUGUGCUUUUCUUAGUAACUUUAAGCAUCCUCUUAUUGCAGACUGUGGUGUUGACGACAGCUAUUGAACAUUCAGGUUAUUCCUUCCCCCCCAAAUGUUUCUUGUAAAUGAGCUGCAAAGAUCGGACGCUCUGUGUAUGAGGCCGCAGCUUUUCUCGUACACGGUUUACCAGUCAGAGCUUUUUAAAAUUUAUUUAAACUUGCACUGGAAGUCACAUAAGUAUAUACUUAGUGUCAUGUCAGGGAGCUGUUUGUAAGAGGGGUUUUUGAGAUUUUGAUUCAUCAAUACGCUAUUAUAACUGUAUAUAACUUGUACAGUUAGAGGGUGACCGCUGGUUAUAGAAGAGAGCAAAAACAAAAUGCUCAAUUGCUGACUACUCUUGCGAUGUUAACUAUGCCCGUCUUUAUCUCAAAAACCGAAGUAAAAAAAACGUCCGGAUGCUCGCGCCGCAUUACUAAUUUCCCUCUUUAUAUUAUAUGUGUUAUCUUAUCAAAACAUACUCGUUCCAAACGACAAAAGCAUUGAUUUUCCCCCGACAAGCAAAUCUCGUAAGAACUACUUUGCGCCGCAUCUGAACAAUUCACCAAACUUACUUUUUUCUUGGUGAAAACGGGUAUAGAAACAUUGUAAGCUAUCUAACAUGGCACGCCAAAUACUGGAAGGUAGUCCCUCAUAGAACUAACUAUGGUCUGCAAACAUUAAUCUAUAUUUACUUUACCACAUUUGCUUAACAGCUUCAUUAGUUGCGACAUUCAACUGGACUCUCUCACCAUGGAUGAGCUUCGAAAUUGCUAUGUAUAAUAACUCUGCAGUGUAAAUAGGUUUGUUUGCUGGUGUGUUCUGCCAGAUCUGUUUUUGUUAACAUUGUAUAAAAAUGCAUUGUCUUUUUCGUUUGUUUGGUUAUUUCAUUUUGCGUUGUUUGCCAUGUAGGGGUGCCGAGGGCUCGUCAAGCUGCACAUAAGCAGCUUUUUCCGUCGGCAUCCCCCAUCAUGUGAUGGAAAAUGAAGUUGAUUUGAUU